UGUUCACCAGUACUGCACGAUUAGAUUCCUCUUCCGGAAGUAUCAAUAGAAUCUGUGUAUUGAAUACAUGCACCAAAUGAUCACCUCCGAUGGCAAUGUAAACAUAUCCUCGUUUCCUAUUAGCAAGAGAGGAAGAAAAUACUUCGAGAAGAAAUUGGAGUGUCAUCAUCGACAGUGCCCUAUAAAUAUGACCACACAACGACCUCACUGUUAAUAACRAGCUCAAACAGCCAAGCAAACGAGUGACAUUGAAAGGUGAAUCUUGUUCAACAUGUCAAUGAAAGUUGUUCUCAUAUCUUGUCUCCUGGUGCUGAUCGCAACCGACAGAGGACUGAGUUGCUUCCCCAGCCGUGGAGGAGGAGGCGGAGGAGGAGGUAGAACAACUAAUAAAGCCCAGAUAACUGUGCCAUCGUGUUGUCCAGAAAGCCAGAGUCCAUCUGGAGGACCAAGUCAAAACAAAGGCGCUGCAGUAUGUUACUUUUACCGAUCUUCACUGCAAGUUAAAUGCAUCAAGGACAAUUCCGUGCACACCUGUGAUGUGGCAAGAGCCCCAGACAGGUAUGAAAGUGACCCGAAGGGUCCCACCCCUUACGGUGAGUACUUGAUCGGGAAACAUCGCUACRACACCAACUAUCCUGGACUCGACUGGUUCAACCUCUACCCAAAAAAAGAAGACAAUACUGGUUACUAUGGUUAUUUCUCUGCUAACAACCAAGGACGCUCUCAAAUGGGCCUUCACCCUGGUCGGGUCUCUUGGGGUUGUGUAACUGUUUCUACUCCCCACUGUAGCGGUGGCGAUAUUAUAAACUGCUACAACAGCGACUCUUGCUGGACGUCAAUCAAGAAUAUUGUGAACAGCGGUCACAUGAACUACAAAGGGUACUCUUACUCUGGCAUUCUUUAUGUUGUAUAGAGAACAUAAGUGACAUUGCAUUGCGAGUCUAAUCAGAUCGACAUUUAAUUACUGAAGAAUAGACUGGCUGCUUUAUUAUAGAAUCUAGAGGGCACGGAGAAAGGGGGAGGGGGGAGGGGGAAUGAAACUCGGCCGCCGGAAGACUAGUACUUUCCAGGAUCGGAAAAGCGAGUGGGACCGCGGAAAUCUCGCCGGGACCUUCGCCUGAUGUUAAAUCAUGAUACUAUGCGGGUACAGGCUUACCAGCUAGAGAUGAUGUUUC